ACGACUUCCAUCUCUCCCAAACAGCGCCAGUUGGGCCCAUGACAUCUAGCCAACAUAUCCUCGAACACGGCGUCUGUGACGGUGCACCAGCUAGUUAUGACGCCACGCCCGCCGCAGCGGAUUUCUCACAUAUAUUUAGCCAUGCAUUCCUACAUACCCAAACAUCUCUUCCAGCCACUCAACUGCCUCCCAAAUAUUCUCAAUGGGAGGACGCUUUAGCUCGUGCCCAGGAUCUUCCCUUGUCCGUACAGGACCAGUCAGCAGGUGCCGAAGCAUGGCGUCAGAACCUCAGAAAUAUGGAGCUCGUCUCGGUCGUACCUCUCAUUUCAGUGGAACCUUUGUCAGUACUCGCUCGCGCACGCCACGUCCUCACCUUCCUCCUGCACUUUUACGUCCAUUCUCUUCCAUCACCAACAUCGUCUUCCUCAGACAAGCCGCCACACGUCGUUAUUCCCGCAUCCCUCGCCACACCUCUUCUGGCAAUCUCCCGUGCCCUCGAUGCUCCGCCGGUGUUGACAUACGCAGACACAGAGACAUACAACUUCUCGAUGCGCUCGUACCUACUCGACGUCGAAGAAUUGUGCAUCAAGGCCGCAGGGGAACCAGUAUGGGCCGAGGACAUGUUCAUUCAAACGACGUUUACGGGCACGCAUGACGAAUCCCAUUUCUACCUCACGAGCCUGAACAUCGAAUUGGAGGGCGCCGCCGCACUCAAGAUCAUGCAAUCUAUCAUAUCCAUCAUAUCUUCCUCUCCGUCCUCAGAUUCUUCUUCCUCGCAUGAAGAUGCGCGUACUCUCGCCACCCUCCUUCGAACCCUCUCCACGCACAUUCACAACAUGGGCAUUAUCCUCGAUGGCGUCCGCGACCACUGCGAUCCUCGUACCUUCUACGACAUCGUCCGACCUUGGUUCGUCGGCUGCACCGCAACUCAAGGCUGGGUCUUUGAGCUAGCCGGCGACGAAGCGGAGAUACGGGCGCUAGUAGACGAGAAUCCCUGGAUCAAAGGCGGUUCGGGCAGGCUAUGGGAGGCGAGAGAGAUGGCGGGUAGUUCGGCGGCACAGAGUUCGAUCAUCCAAGCCUUGGACGUGUUCCUCGGUAUCGAAGGCUUGACGCACGAACUUUCAACGCCAUCUAGCCAGUCGUCUUGUUCUGCUGCUGAGACAAACUCGGAAGAGUCCGCGAAGCCCGUAGCAGCGAAGGUCAUGACGGCGAAUGGCUAUGCGGGACCUACUGGACCUGCACCUCCCGUGGCUACCGCGGGUGUGCAGAAGGCGAACGGGAAUUUUUUGAGGCGCAUGCGAGACUAUCUUCCUCUUUCCCAUCGACUCUUUUUGGAAGCGCUGGGAGAGCAGGUGAAGGGUCUUAGAUCAUGGGUGGCGGAUAGUGGUGUCACGGCGGAAGACGGGAAGGCGGUGGUAGAGGCCUAUAACGCAGCUGUCGAGAAGCUGAAGGAGUUCAGGACGAGACAUGUGAGAAUCGCGACGCUCUACAUCGUUAACCAGGAGCGAAGGCUGCGACAGGAGGAGGAAGCUGCUAGGUCAGGCCGUCCUGACCAAAACGGAUACCCUAAUGCAAUUGACAGCGCGACGACUGUGAUGGGCGGCGAGAAACCUGAGGUGGCGGAAGUGGGGAAGGUGAAAGGGACGGGCGGGACGAACUUGAUGCCUUUUCUGAAAGGGGUGAGGGACAGAACCGG